GAUCGCUUUUAUUUGCUAGAUUUUCAUGACCCAUGUGGCGCACUAUCGUCGAUGUGGCUGGGUAUAAAAGCGCAUCGGUAACUAAAAAAAAUCAUCAGCUACAUCUCUUCACUUCUUCUGUUCGCAUCAGAUUUUAAAAAUGCGUUCGCAACCAGCUUUUGGAUUUUUACUCUUGGUCGUUCUCGGAUGCGUCCUACCGAGCAUCUUGGCCGCUCCGUCGAGUGCCGCAACCAGUCGUGGAGAUGAAACUCACGACAACCUGUCGAGUGCAGUAGAGUUGGUUAAAGCAUACAGUAGCGAUGUUACAAGGGUAGCAACAAAAGUGUGUGACAAAUUAGCCAACGGAGGAACCCUUGAUAAGAUCCUGCUGGAAAUAGCUAAAGACAAGGACACGGAGAAAGUUGACUUGAAUGAAGUCCGUGAGAUGAUUGAGAAAUAUGGAUGUUCGGCCACGAAAGUCACCUGCGCUCUCUUGGGGCUCAUAUGCUGGGGGCGUUAAAUUUGUAUAACAACUGGCUGCAAGCGGACACUGCUAAUCGACGACCAUUAUGUUCUCAUUGAUAAUAAAAAAAAAUAUAUAUAUAAUCUUUGGCAAAAUCA